CAACUCUGCUAGAGUGAAGUGAUGUGGUCUUUGCUCAUAUAGAGUUCAGCUGUCCUGCAGUGAGCAUCUGUAUAUGAUGGGGAGUUUUCAGCCUUUAUAUUUCCAACUUCUAUAUCUUCUAACAGCAGCUUUAUUAGAUUGCAAUGUGGCGACACAGAGACCCUGCAAGAAGGUCCAUCGGUUGAACAUAAACUAUGUUCAGGGCGACAAUAUGUCUAUUUCUUGCCUAACCACAACCCACCCGCUGGAGUCUCUGACAGUGAAACUACGCAGAACUGACCCGAUUAAAGACAUCCUAAUGUAUUCAGACACCUCUCCAGCAUCAGAGCAUCAGAGAUGGUCUGUGAGAAAUGAUGCUGGUAGGGUUACACUUUACCUGAAAGACAUCAGUUUAUCUGAUCAAGGCCGUUAUGAAUGUGAAGUCUACAAAGAUUUGGACUGCCUUAAUACAACUCUUAUUAACCUGAGGGUCAGAGAGUGUAAAACUUUGGACUCUGUCCAUGCGACUCUAGACUCUUCAGUGUUGCUGCCAUGCUCUGAACAUCCUCUACAAAACAGAACUGAUCAAGUGACUUGGAAAAUCUUUCAUGGUCACCAAUCAACAGAAAUAGCCCAAUAUCGCCCUCCAAACAAGCCCUCAAACAGCACAGAGAGAGACACGAGGCCUCUGUAUGAGAGAGCCAGAAUACUAGGGAAUGGAUCUCUGCUUAUAAGGGAUGCAGUAAACACUGAUGGAUCAUGGUAUCAGUGCAGAGUGAGUGAAAAAACCUGCUAUGAGGUGAAGCUGGUGAUGAAAGGUGUGUUUUCAAUGUAAUAUUUCUAACCCUAAAGUCUCAAUGCAGACUCUGACAGACAUUCACAGAUUUUAAGAUAUGCUAUAUAUGCUAUGCUAUUAAAAUGUGAGAUGUGGUAAUGGGUUAAUCAAAACCAUUUUUGGAUUAUGAUCAUAAAUAUAGUGAAAUAUGCUUGGGUUAAGGUUUAUAUUAAUAUUAAGUCAUGUUGUGUUGAUUAUAUCCAGUGGUUCUGUUUUGCCAACUUGGAAUUAUAAGGUUCUUUUAUAGAUAGAACCUUUUUGUUUUCUAAAAAAGUCCCAAAAUGUACACAGCUUUAAAUAAAUCACAAUGUAAAUAUGUUGUCAUAAAAUAAGAAUGUGUGAAUAACUCAAUUCUGACAAAAGUGUCAGAUAGAACCUUGUAAUUCCAAGGUGAUGUUAAUACAUUAUGUGAAUACUGUCUGCUUAAUAUCUGGUAAGACUUUAUUUUAAUGGUUCCCCAAGAGACAGUCUACUGACUAAAAGUAACUUUGCACAUGUCAACUUAUUCUACUUACCCUACCCCUAACCUAAAAGUCUACUAAUACUCAGCUAAUACUCUAAUGUUGACAGAUACCUAUUUGCUUGCAUGUCAAAUUCUAUUUAACACACUUUGUGCUUGUUACUAGACUUGGUAUGGCAUGUCAAGUUUAUUUGUAUAGUGAUAUAUACUGAUAUUUCAGUUUUAUUAUUUGGUAACACUUUACUUGAAGGGGUGUGCAUAACACUGACAU